AUGGCAGCCGACGGCACUUGCACUCGCGUGUCAGAGACGCCGGCAUACUCAUCCGGGUUUCAUAACCCUGUCCUUAGUACGCACCUCCCAGGUCGAACUAAUGACGGCGGUGUCUUGCAGAUAGGCCAGCCGGAACCGUUCACAGACGCGUACGGCCAUGCCGGCUCCAGCACGGCCUCAAGGGAGAUCGAGGACACGAGCAGUUCGUACGCGGUGGCGAUGGCGCUGGCCGCACUGGAGGCGAGUCGAAAGCCCCUCCAAACUCUCGAGCAGAUUUCCGCGUCCCUCACCAUGUACGCACCAUACCUCCCUCUCCGAGUGGAGGUGGAGGCCGAUCUGAACAGCUGGAUGCCUAUCCUUGCGGUUCGCACGGCGGCAAAGCCUGCCGAAACAGACUCGGCGUCUACAACGUCAACAAUCAUCCCUGCCCUGACCGUAGUCCCGCUCUACCUCCAUGUGCUGGGUCCUUUGCUACCGUGCCCGAGUGCACAGGCACUGCGUACAUUAGAGGAUAUCCUUCUGGAGGACUGCGAUGGCAGUCGACUGCCCUUGUCUGCGCUGCACUGCGCAGACUUGGAUCUGCGGCGAUUGAAGAUGGGCGAAGACAGUGAUUACGCUCGCCCCACCAUGGCCGCGGCCGCGCAGCAAGCGCAGAGCGACGCAUUUCUUGACCUGUUCCUGUCUCCGACGUCGGAGGAGCACUCGAGCUGCACCGCGACCGCGUCACAGCUGCUAGCUUUCGUGAGGCGUAUCGUUGCCGCUCGCGGUGCGCAUCUCACCACACUGCACUUCACUCGGUGCUACGUCGCGCCGCACGACGUGGGUCAGUCUAUCCCGCUGCCGCUAGCCACAGUGCGACGGCUGCGGUUCGAGCACUGCUCGCUUACUCCCGCCCACGUUGCCGCGCUCGUGGCGCUCGCGCGGCAGCAGGAUGCGCUGGCAUCAUCGAAGUUUGCGGAGUCCCGUGGCGUAGGCGGCCUGUCGUCUCCCCGCAGCCGUUCAUUCGGCGUCCUGGAGGAACUGCAGCUCAGCGGGUCUCUUACGCCUGAGUGCAUCUCCGAGCUGCUGGACUACGUGGAGGAACAGCAGCAGUGCAGUGAGGGGGGCGGCCAGGAGGUUGCCUUGCGGCUCCUGUGCGUGCCAUCGUCGGUGGUGCGCGCGGCGAGCGCGCACCCCUUCGUGCAGGCCAACGGCAGUCGGAUUAGCGUGGUGAGUGCUCAAGGGUAG